CUCACAGAACACUUUACGCAGAAAAUAUGGUCUCUGCUGUUUUCAUAUCGAUUAGAUGUUCAGUCUCCUCUCAGCUCUGCGUCUGAAACAAAGGUUAAACAUUGCAACAGUGACGCGUCCACGUCAGGAAGCAGAGAUGCGCAUGUGUUUUAUGAACGAGGACAGCACGAAGAGGCGCAAAUCAUCCCCGAGCUGCUGACCGACGAUGAUUAUAAACAUGUGACUGCAUGUGUGGCCGCUCACUUACUGCUUCACCUGCCGGGAUAAUAUACUGUACACAGCGGACGUCUCUGCUCCAGCUCCCUGAUAACUGCUGAGGGAAGGAAGAUGGAUACCACGGACCAAGGUGCUCAGAUAGAGCCGCUGCUACCGACGGUCAACUCUUUCCUUGGCUCGUCAGUUGGACGUAGGAGUUUGAGGAAUGAUGACGAGGCUGUGGUGGACAGAGGAGGAACCCGAUCCCAACAGGGAACCAACUUUGAGAAGGAAGAUCUAGAAGGCCACAGGACUCUCUACAUCGGGGUUCAUGUCCCCUUGGGCAGUACCAGGCACCGCAGCCAUCGCAGGCACCGUCACCAUGGAAACAAACACAAGAAGAGGACCAGUGACCGGGGCCUCACCUUGGUGGAGGGUAGAGAAUCUCCUGUUUAUGACACUCCCUCCCAGAGAGUGCAGUUCCUGCUGGGCACUGAGGAUGAUGAUGAGGAGCAUAUUCCUCAUGACCUCUUCACUGAGAUGGAUGAAAUCUGUGUGAAGGAUGGAGAGGAUCCUGAGUGGAGGGAAAGUGCUAGGUGGCUGAAGUUCGAGGAGGAUGUUGAGGACGGAGGGGAGCGAUGGAGUAAGCCCUAUGUAGCCACUCUGUCUCUGCACAGCCUGUUUGAGCUGCGAAGCUGCAUUAUCAACAGCACUGUGUUGCUCGACAUGAGGGCUAAUACCAUAGAAGAGAUUGCAGACAUGAUCUUGGACCACCAGGAGCUGUACUCACCACUGGGAGAUGAGCUUAGAAAGAAAGUGCGUGAAACACUGCUGAAGCAGCACCAUCACCAGAACCAGAAGAAGCUGGCUAAUCGCCUGCCAAUUGUGCGCUCCAUUGCUGACAUGGGUCGACGGACGUCGGAGCUCCACCUGGACAAGAAUGGUCAGAUGUCAUCCUCCCAGUCUCAUUUAGCGUGUUCAGAUGGGAAAGUCGAUCCCAGUCGAGAGAACAGUUCUGUGGACUUCAGCAAGAUAGACCUUCAUUUCAUGAAAAAGAUCCCCCCGGGGGCUGAGGCGUGUAAUGUCUUAGUGGGAGAGCUGGAAUGUCUGAACAAGCCGGUGGUGGCAUUUGUCCGCCUUUCACCGGCGGUCCUGCUCAGUGGGCUGACUGAAGUCCCCAUCGCCACAAGGUUUUUGUUUAUUCUUUUAGGCCCAAUGGGGAGAGCGCCUCAGUAUCAUGAGAUUGGAAGGUCCAUUGCAACACUUAUGACAGAUGAUGUUUUCCAUGAUGUUGCCUAUAAAGCUAAAGACCGCAAUGAUCUGAUUGCUGGGAUUGAUGAAUUCCUCGAUCAAGUGACAGUCCUGCCUCCAGGAGAAUGGGACCCAUCCAUACGAAUAGAGCCUCCAAAAAAUGUACCUUCUCAGGAGAAGAGGAAGAAAAGUAACAUUUUACCAAACGGAUUAGUAGAAGGUGAUGACCAAGAGGAGGAAGGUGGCCAUGGGGGUCCGGAACUGCAACGUACAGGAAGGUGGUUCGGUGGUCUCUUUCUAGACAUCAAGCGCAAGGCACCCCACUACCUGUCCGACUACACUGAUGCUUUAAGCUUACAGUGUGUGGCCUCUUUCCUCUUCCUCUACUGUGCCUGCAUGUCCCCUGUCAUCACCUUUGGAGGGCUACUGGGCGAGGCAACAGAAGGACGCAUAAGUGCAAUUGAGUCACUGUUUGGAGCCUCGCUGACUGGAAUAGCUUAUUCCCUGUUUGCCGGGCAGCCCCUCACCAUUCUGGGCAGCACCGGGCCAGUGCUUGUAUUUGAAAAGAUAUUGUUCAAAUUCUGCAAGGAGUAUGGCUUGUCCUAUCUGUCACUCAGAACCUGUAUUGGUCUGUGGACAGCUUUCCUCUGUAUCCUACUGGUGGCAACAGAUGCCAGUUCCCUCGUUUGUUACAUCACCCGUUUCACAGAGGAAGCCUUCGCCUCACUUAUCUGCAUCAUCUUCAUCUACGAGGCCUUGGAGAAACUCAUCCACCUUGGAGACCACUAUCCCUUCAACAAGAACAACAACCUGGACAAACUCACCAUGUACUCAUGUUCAUGCGUUGAGCCUUCUGACCCCACCAACGGUACCCUGAAAUUUUGGGAGCUCAACAAUGUCACUGCCUCAGAAAUUUACUGGGAAGCACUGGAGGCCAAGGAUUGUAUUGAGAAGCGCGGGGAGUUUGUGGGCAGUGCCUGCGGCCCUCAUGGACCCUACGUUCCUGAUGUCCUCUUCUGGUGUGUCAUUCUCUUCUUUUCCACCGUCAUCAUGUCCGCUUUCCUCAAGGACUUCAAGUUCAGUAAUUACUUUCCCACAAAGGUGAGGUCCAUCAUCAGUGACUUUGCUGUUUGCUUCACCAUCCUUACCAUGGUCUUAGUCGACUAUGCCUUAGGGAUCCCCUCUCCAAAACUAAAGGUUCCCAGUGUGUUUAAGCCAACCAGAGAUGAUCGAGGUUGGUUCAUCAACCCACUGGGGCCAAACCCCUGGUGGACCGCCGUCAUUACGGUGGUCCCAGCUCUGCUUUGUACCAUCCUCAUCUUCAUGGACCAGCAGAUCACAGCUGUCAUCAUCAACAGGAAAGAACACAAACUCAAGAAAGGUUGUGGGUACCACCUGGAUCUGUUCAUGGUGGGGGUGAUGCUCGGUGUGUGCUCUUUGAUGGGCUUGCCCUGGUUCGUAGCAGCCACCGUUUUGUCUAUCAGCCACGUCAACAGCCUGAAGCUUGAGUCAGAGUGCUCGGCUCCCGGGGAACAGCCCAAGUUCCUCGGCAUCAGAGAGCAACGCUUCACCGGCCUCAUGAUCUUCACCCUCAUGGGGUGCUCUGUCUUCAUGACGUCUGUGCUGAAGUUUAUUCCUAUGCCCGUGUUGUAUGGAGUGUUCCUGUACAUGGGAGCAUCUUCUCUCAAAGGCAUUCAGUUCUUUGACCGCCUGACACUGUUUGGUAUGCCAGCUAAGCACCAGCCAGACUUCAUCUAUCUACGACAUGUACCCCUGAGGAAGGUGCACCUCUUCACCAUCAUCCAGCUCAGCUGUUUGAUUAUGCUCUGGGUCAUCAAGACCUCCAAGGCUGCCAUUGUUUUUCCCAUGAUGGUACUGGCUCUGGUGUUCAUCCGGAAGCUAAUGGACUGUUUCUUUACCAAGAGAGAGAUGAGCUGGCUGGAUGACCUCAUGCCAGAGAGUAAGAAAAAGAAGCUUGAGGACGCUGAAGAGGAGGAGGAGGAGCAGAGUAUACUGGCGGAAGAUGAGGCAGUAGUGCAAGUGCCAUUAGAAGGGUACAAAGGAAUACCCAUCAUCAAUAUCACAGAUGAAAUGUCAAAGGGUUCUUUUGGAAAUACCUGGACAGCAACCUAAGACAUUUGAGAAAGACCUCAAAACAUUAUGUUCACUACAAUGCAGUAUUUCACAACACUGGAGUGCAAGAUGAGGAAUUUGAAACGAAGAAGAUGGAGGACAGUGUGUCUGUGAGUGUUUGUCACUGUCUCUUCUGUGUGCUUGUAAACAAAAUACGUAUUGUAUGUUGCAGUUUAUUAAUCCUUAAACUUUAGUCCUGUAAAUCUCUGUGUGUAAGUGAAUAACUAUUAUUUAAUGUGUCACAAAUAUUCUGCCUCUUCAUGAACCAGUGAAACCCACUAUUUUCUUCUGUUGUUAAUGUCAAAUUUCUACUUUCUAAAUGUAGAUACUGUAUUGCUCACACUGAAUGUAAACAACAGAAAUGUAAUUGGUUGGUCUUGCUAAGAGACUGUUUUCAAGUUUUUGUCUUCGGAUCAAUUUGUAUUUAUUUUGUUAUAUACUUUGUAUUUUGAAGUACCGUCAUAUCAACAUAUCCUUGGAUUCUUUAUCUAUUUAUAUACUGAUUCCCUAAACUUCUCUAUUAACUUCUCUGUAGACUUUAAAUAUGAUGCUAAGUUAAAUGUAAACAUCUAGUAAGUAUUUUAAAAGCCUAUUAUAUAUAAACCCCCUGAAAAGCCAUACAUUUGUACAAAUCCCUAGAACAUUAUAACAUGAAAAGCUUGCAAAAUACACAUUUCUGAUGUCUGUUUAUCAGUUAGGACCAUUUUGAAUCUUAUGUAAUGAUUUUGACUGACGGGAAUGAGUGCUUUAAAGUGAUCGAUACAAGGGCAAUAUACAUACAUCUCUUAAGAACCAAAUACAAUAGCACUUUCUGCCAGAAUCUCAGUACUCUAUUUAUAUGAGAAAUUAUUUAUCUAGCUUUAUUUUGUGCAAUAAAAUGAUUACGUUUGCUACAGAAUACUUUGUAGCCGAAGAGACACUUGCGAUAUUUUGCCUCCUGGUGUCAGUGCAUUGCUUAUAUUGUAAAUAUAUAAACAUAUUACAAUAUUGUAAAUUUAAAAAAAACAACAUAAUUAGUUUUAAUGUUUGUAUACAUUUUAGUGAAUCUUAAAUUAAACCAUAAAGACAUUUAACCCUCAAAAUUUCCCAAAUCUGUUAUACAUCUGAGGAUUCCAAUGAAUGGUUUAUUUUUAAAGAUACUAAAGAAACAAAAUGUUAUAUUAUGUAUAUCUUGUCAAUGUUAUUUUAAUGUAAUACAUUUCUAUGAGCA